GUAUUGCUCUAACACAUCACCAAAAUGAGUGAAAACGAAGACCAAGGAGAUCCAGCAGAUAUAGGUGAUUCAACAGAAAGUGGAGAAUAUGAGGAUGACUUUGAAAAAGACCUCGAAUGGCUAAUUAAUGAAGAAGAAAUAGAAAACCUUGGUGAAAGAGAGAAUCCUGAAGAAAAUGAAGAGGAUAUUGAAUCACAAAUUGUUAAAGUUGCAGACAAGUUUGAGGAAGACAAUGAGGAAAUGGAAGAAAAUCCAGAUCAGCUUUCAGAGGCAGAUGUAGAUGCGAAAGUGAGACCCUCCAAUAAAGAGAGUUUGGAAUCCAGGUCUGAUAUUAAACAGGGGGACCGUGUGUCUGAUACUGAUAGUGAAAGCUCUGUCCAGGAAUCCAAGCUGGAAAACCAGCAGGAACUGGAUGAGGAAGAGGAUGAAGAAAUAAAGCGUUACGUCCUGGAAAAGAUUGAAGAAGCCAACAAACUGCUGGAGAAUCAGGCUCCUGUGGAUCAGAACAGAGAACGGAAAUUAAAAUUUAAGGAUAAGCUGGUGGAUCUUGAAGUUCCUCCUCUAGAAGAUGCUGAAGUUUGUAAAACUGACCUUGCAAGACGAGAUGAUGUUUCAAAUAAGCUAUCUCAGUUGCAUAUUUCUAAUGAAAUGGGACAGGAAAGCACAUCACUUUCACCACGUGCUGACAAGGAUGAGGAAAAGAAGGAUGGUAAAAUCCUAGUGGAAAAAGAUGGGAAAUUUGAACUCUUAAGUUUACGUGAUAUUGAAAGCCAGGGCUUUUUGCCCCCUAUAAGUGUUUCUUUUACUGAUAUUGAAACUCAACAUAUGUCUCCAAAAUCUUCACACUACGGUCCUUUUGGCACUGUCUCUGAAGUGAAGGAAGUACCUCCAGUAAGACCAGGAGCACAUUCUUUUUCUCCUGGUGGAGAAGAGUGCGUGCGUUUCCCUAAGCCUCCAUCUAACCCUAAGCGUCGUCCAAAUUCUGCUAUCAAUGCUGCAAGAGGUCUGGGAAGAUGGAAGACUCCACAGAGAGCACAGUCUGCAAAUAUGCCCGUGAGGAGCUCCACUUUCUGUCUUUCUCCCAGACAAAAAGAAUUGCGCAAGCAGUUAGAACAAAGGAAAGAAAAACUGAGGAAAGAGGUAAAGGUAUAGAGGCAACAA